AUGUCAGACAUGUACGCCUUCCAAGCAGCCCCUGGGCCGAAGACACAAGAGAAAGAAGAAUCCUCUGCUCCUCACCUUACACCGAAUAUCCUCCCUUGCCAAAUUCAUCAUGAUGGCCCAAUUGCGUCCUGCGAUCGGUUUUGGACGCCCGUCACAGACGCAAAAGACAACACACAGAAUGCAUACUUCCGAGGGCGAAAACUCCGCGGACGACGCGUUACGGUUCCAGAGGGAUAUCAAGGAGUCAUCGCAAUGCCCACGGAUCGGAUUUUGCCUUCUCAGCAAGCAGAUACGGGCGAGGACGUGGAGAUCCUCGAGAAUGGGCCCGAGGAGCCGGUCAAGGUUCUCGAGACACAGGGUACAUUUGACGAGAUGAUUUUAUGGCAGCACGAGUUCCUGCCUGCGGCGGACGACACGUUCGUGAAGGGCAUAGAAGAGUGGGUGCGGUUUGCGGAGACAAUGCAUGUAACUCCGGUAGAUGCUGCGAAAUAG